UUGAAGAACCAUCUCUCUCUCUCUCUAAAUGGGUUUGUGGGUUCGUUGCAAUUUGGCUGUGCUGCUGCUCAAUAUUAUUGCUAUUGAGCUAGCAAAAGUGCACAGGUGUUUAGGGGAAUGUGACUUGUUCCAGGGAAGUUGGGCGAGGGACCCAUCGUACCCUCUCUACAAUUCCACCACGUGUCCCUUCAUCGAGAAAGAAUUCGAUUGCCAAAAAAAUGGACGGCCCGAUCGUGACUAUCUCCAAUACAGUUGGCAACCCACUGGAUGCAAUUUAGAAAGAUUUGAUGGAGUUGGGUUCUUGAAGAAAUUCAAAGGGAAGAAAAUCAUGUUUGUAGGGGAUUCCUUGGUUCGAGACCAAUGGCAGUCCUUGACAUGCUUGUUCUACAAUGCAAGGCCUAAUUUGAAAUACACUCUAAAGAGAUCUGGUAUGAUCUCCACUUUCACAAUCAAGGGAUAUGGAGUUAAAGUGAUGCUUGAUCGCAAUGUAUUCUUGGUGGACAUUAUAAAAGAAAGCAAGGGUCGAAUCUUGAAGCUCGACUCCAUUGAGGACGGCAAGAAUUGGAGAGGGAUGGACAUGCUGAUCUUCAACACGUGGCACUGGUGGGGUUACAGAGGAGCCCACCAACCAUGGGAUUAUAUACAAGCAGGAGAUCAGGUAGUGAAGGACAUGGAUCGGACGGCUGCGUUCGAGAAGGCGCUGGGUACAUGGGGUAAUUGGGUGGACACCAACAUUGAUCCAUCCAAAACUAGGGUUUUCUUUCAAGGGAUUUCUCCUAAUCAUUACCGAGGCUCGGAGUGGAACGAACGUGGGGCGAACAAAUGCCAGGGGCAAACGACGCCGUUAUCGGGCUCAAAGUAUCCGGGAGCCUUACCGCCGGCCGUUGCAGUGGUGAGAAGGGCCUUGAGCAAGAUCAAGAAGCCUGUCACUCUGCUCGACAUAACCUCCCUAUCCCAACUGAGGAAAGAUGGGCAUCCUUCUAUUUACGGAAACAGUGGCGGAAGAGGACUUGACUGCACCCACUGGUGUGUUGCAGGAGUCCCUGAUACUUGGAACCAGAUCCUUUUCCAACUUAUUUCUCACGAAAAAUGAUGAGCUUAUACUAUUAUUUAUAGGUAUUGACUCAAUAAUAAGGGUUUAGUGAGUAAUGGGGUCUUUUGAAGUAGUAGU